AUGGCACAGAUGCAAUCGAUCUUACCUUGUAGUAGGGCAGCAGAGGCCCCGACGAGCGCGCCACAGCGGCCCGGGCAUUGGGCACCGCGAGUGAAGCUCGAGUCGGUCGUCCCCGUCGAGGGCCGAACCAGACUGCCGGACAGCCAGGAGGUGGGGGCGGCUGCGUUUCAAACGCCUGCACAGAGGGUCCCGGGCAAGACACGAUGCGAUGCGCCUGUCGCAGACCCGUCCCGCUUGAACGGCGGCGGCUGGCCCGACGACGUCUGUAGCAGCUUGGGCGAGAUGAGGACGGACCGUGUGGAGCGCAGGCCCUGGUGGCUUGAAACAGGGGAGGCCCGGGGCCGGGACGUGACGACGCGGAGUUCUCUCACGCAGGCCCGCGCCAGCAGCGCCAACGGGCAGAGUUAUUGCCGACGGCGUGAAACGGAGGUGGUGAUGAGUGAGCGGCGCUGGGCCGGUGAUCGCGCACCCGUCCACGUCGAUUUCUGUUGCUUGCGCCUGUGCCUGGCGUCGGAAGCAGCCCCGGGUGGCCCUGUGUCGCGUCCAAUUGCCCCCCGCCCUCCGGGGCCAAAUUCCAUGGGCAGUCGAGUCCAUGGCAUCGUCCGGCGGUCGGCCGGUCAAAUCGCCGACGAGGGCGGGCGCACGCGCAGGCAGCAAAUGUCGUGGGACAGGCGCGCGAGGGUUGGGAGAAGCCCCUUUGUGGCUUUUGGCUCCCACGUUGUUGGUGGGCAUUGUGGCAUUUGA